UUCAGGACAACAUUUUCUUGAGUUUAAAUGCAUCAUGUCUGUGUACAAGAUUUUUUUAUUAUAGUUUUUAACACAAAAUGUUAUGAAUCUGUAUAUAGAAGUAUUCAUAAAUACAAUUACUAUUCGCCGCUGUACGCCUCUGGGUUUCCUGGAGCAGCUGCCGCGAAGAACAUGCGCGUUUAGUUUCCUGUCACUGACGGCUUCCCCUCCAGCACCGACCGAGCGUUAGAAUCACCACCACGGUGGAGAUGUGAGCAACUACCCGGGAUCUACGAUUCACUCAUAAACACGUGAUGAUGGAGCCUUUUGGAUACACAGAUUUCAGCGGUCCUCUCACCACUUUCGUACCGGCCGGGGUUUCAGUGUAGAUUUUGACUAGAUGUUCAAUUUUUCUCCGUCGUCUUCGCCAUAAUUUACGUACUGCAACGUUUAACCUGGUAUUCAACACGUACUGCGUCUCAGUCCGGAGCUCAGAUGCGGAUCUUGGAGUGCAGACAGGUGCUGAGGUGGGAUACUUCUCCUGAGGAUCCAUCCAUCGGAGAGUCUGAGGCGAACAUCUCUGCUUUGGACCACACUGAGUGAGUGGACGGAUGGCCACUUAGUUUCUCCAGAUCAACUGUGCUCAGCUAAACUCAGUUUAAUUCAGAUCAGAUCAGCGCAAUUGCACAAAACCUGACCCGACCGCUCAGUCCAACAGUCAGCUCAACCCACCAAAAGAACCGAGAGAUGGAUCAUGUUUAGAUCUUGAUGAACUCGGGAUGUCUACGAGGAAAGUGCUGCAGACUCUUUCUGGAGCCACUCUGACUUUUUUCAUAAUUGUGCUGGUGGAUUUACAACUGCGCACUUGGAAACCCCGGGGUCCCAAUGCUUCCUCAUACCUCGGGGACUUUGAGCAUCACCACCCAGUAAAAGGGAGUAAGGAGCUGCUCCACCGUCUGGGAGAUUCUGUGCCCCCAGCAACGGGCAUCUCUCAGCUGAACCCAAAGUAUGAUCUAGGAAAAACAUUACGGAGGACCAAGAUUGCUCAACUGCAGCCGGAAGAUAUCUUUAUUGCAGUCAAGACCACUGGCAGGUUCCACAGCUCUCGUCUGGCUUUGCUGCUGGACACGUGGAUAUCCAGGACCAAGGAACAUACCUACAUCUUCACUGACACUAAGGAAGAGGACUAUGUCUUAAAAGGCUUCAACAUUGUGCUCACCAACUGCUCCCCUGAGCACAGUCACCAGGCGCUGUCCUGCAAGAUGUCGGCAGAGUACAACACUUUCAUGGCCUCCGACAAAAAGUGGCUGUGCCAUGUAGACGAUGACAACUAUGUGAACCCCAGGGUACUGCUGUCCUUGCUGUCCGCCUUCCCUCCUGACAGUGACAUCUAUGUGGGCAAGCCCAGCUUGGAUCGGCCAAUAAGAGCCCACGAACUACUGUCGAACAAUAAAACGAGAGAAGUGGAGUUCUGGUUUGCCACAGGAGGGGCGGGGUUCUGUCUCAGUCGGAGGUUGGCACACAAAAUGGCACCCUGGGCCAGCGGUCCUAGGUUUGAGCAGACGUCAGCAGUGAUUCGUCUGCCAGAUGACUGCACCGUGGGCUUCAUUGUGGAGCGUCGCCUGGGCAUCCCCAUGGUGCACAGUCCCCUGUUCCACUCCCACCUGGAGAACCUGCAGCUGCUUUCACCCAGCCAAAUACCUCUACAGGUGACCCUCAGCUAUGGCCUGUUUGAGAACAAGAUGAACAGCGUGGUGCUGAGGGGAACCUUCUCCAGUGAGGAUGAUCCUUCCAGGUUUAAGACUGUCCACUGUCUCCUGUACCCGCUGACAAACUGGUGUCCCUGACUCCUGCAUUCAAAAAAUGAUCAGAGCUCUUGGAAAGUUACAAAGACAUACAAGUUUUAAUGGAUAGGAAGUGGUUCAAGUGGCCGGUGCCAAUGAUGUCAGAUGUUCCACCCCUUUUAGUAUUGGGUCCACGUUGCCAGUUGCUACUCUAUUUAGUACUGGCUUUGGUACUGGUGGUGGUAUCAGAGGAUGGAGACAUUGUUUGGCGAAUAGAGGAAGCCCUUAUCCUAUUAACCUCACUAGAUCUCCUUGACUUGCAGCUGUCAAGUCACUGGAUUUUCUUGACUGCUUUGUGUGGAUGGACUUGCAUUGGCCUGCAGCUGCUUGAGACUUCCCUUCUAAAGCAAUAAAAAAACAAGCAAGAGAACAUUGUGCCCAUGGUCUGCAGAAUUCUUUGACUACGAUAGGAACCGUACUGGAGACAUAACGAUCCUGACUGUCUGCUGACCUGGAUGACCGGUCCUGAGCUGCAGGGACGGAGGUUUUUCCUGAGUGGAUGUUUGCAAUGAUUGUAGAUACAAGUUUUCUUUGGACUGUGAUUAAAUGUGGCCUCAUUGCACAGAUGUUUCCACUGGUUAUAUGGAGCUAUGGGGCGGAGGUCAGCAUGUGCAGUGCACUGGUCAUUGUCGAUCAGUGGAUGGAAAUUUUUUCUAACUGUUGACUUUAGAGCAGUGAAAGAGGCCAAUUUUCAAAAAGUAGCUGCCUACAGGCUUUUUAUGAAAUGAUGGAUGAUAUCUAUUCGGUUAAUUCAUUUCCUCAUUUUAUACAGAGACACAUAUUAAAUGCAAAUAUGCAUAGUUUAUAUAUAAAGGAAUUGAGAUUUGUCAUAGAAAUGUGCCAAAAUGACCUAUGCUCAUCUUCCUGCCCAGAAGCAUAAUGCAAUCUGUCAUGAAAUUGUGAUAUGAACACAUGUCAAAAUUCAUGCAACUGCAAUAUCUGAUUGUAGCAUUUAAUCAGAAGCAAAAGGCAUUACAGUACAACUGUGGCUACAUAUUUCAUUUUAAAUGAUUAUAUUGUGCUCACGCCUUCUCAUGGCAUGUAUAUAAUUCCAUUGCCAGGGUUGUUGUUAUGCCCAUCUCAUAAAGUAUGGAAGAGACUAGAACUGAUGCAAGUGCUUUAGGGUCAAGGGAAAAACUGAUAAAAUGUUUGAAGUUGUAACUAUAUUUUUGCCUCUUCACUGCCAUGAAUCCCCUCCAUUUUCAUUGCAGUGCUCCUCUGCUUUUUCCUGCUCCUUCAUUUAUCAGUUAAAAUUUUACUGUUGCCCUGUUGUUUUGUUUGGAGAAAAUGUGUGUUACUCAGGACUGAACAAAUGCAGUUUGUUCGAGCUCAUGGAUAUGUAAAUGCCGAGUUCAAGGAGUGAGGCCUGAUUUCUUUCCAUGGUCAUCUAGACCUUUAUUACUAAUGUUAGUGGGUUGGUAUGGGGGUGGCAGCAGCUAUUAAAUUCACUUGAAAGAGCCAACCUACAGACCCAUUCUUCCUAUUUAAUCUUUUUAUGUCUCCAGUUUUCUCAGUGCAUCUUUUCCUGCAUUUUCAAGCUGGACUUGAGGAAGAGUUCAAGUUUCAACCCAUUUUGAAGAUCAUAAUGAGACAUCAAGGAAUAAAGUAUAAUGACACCCCAUAUUUCUGCAUUGGUGGAAUGAUUAAAUGAUUAUAUUGUGGUUAUUGAGGCCAUCUGAGAUGUGCUUUGAAAGUUACUGUCAGUUUUGUGUCAUUGUUAUUUGUACAGAAACCACCC